AUGACGACCUCAAAAACACCCGACUCGUUUCAAGCGCACAAGGCCAGGAAGCGCCUUGAUCAAUUUUCCACCGACUUGGAAACGGCCAUAAACCAUGCGACAAAAUUCAAACCUUAUCGAAAGAUAGCUGUAAUUGCCUUUCACUGGGAGAAUGAUGAUAUAGGGGUCGAGCCUCUUGAGAGAGAACUCCUGGACAUCUUUAAAUCUGUUUAUAGAUUUGUGACCGAGAGUUUCACGAUUCUGCUUAUUGAGUCCCAGUUCAAACUUCUAGAACGUCUUGUUUCCUGGUCACGACGAAGUUCUGGAGAAGAUACGCUCCGGAUUUUUGUUUACUUAGGGUAUACGGGGUUUACUGGAACAGUGGCUAGUCGCUGGGACUUGGCCGGCAAAUGCGAUCAGUAUACCGGUAACCUACAAGGUCCUAACCUCAACUAG